CUCCCAAGCUCGAUCUCGAGUUUCAAUGACGUCGCCAUAACCAAACCGAUCUAUCCGUAAAAGAGUGCAUACCAAGCAUAACCUACCUACCUUGCCUACCGAUGUCGUUGCCUCAGUAGGUAAGGAAUUUAGUAUUUAUAGCGCUGGAGUUCCGAGUUACUCCUUGGGUAGAGCCGACGAUUCAUUUACUACUUGCAAAAGGCGUACCCGGUUUCGUUUGGGUUAUCACGUGUUAAUGGGAGAGAUGCACGGCAUCAUGCACGGCAUCAUGCAAACCGGCGGGGUGCGAUUGCUCCUGCAGGGCCUCUGCGUUCUGGUGGCAGCACUUGUAGCGAGGAUAUUAUACAGGGGAUACACCGAACGGGCGAGGGUGAGGUCUUUGAAGGCCCAGGGGAUACCUAUACUCCCUCAUUCCCUACUGUGGGGCCAUAUCCCUAUCUUUGCCGACUUUCGUAAGGCCCAUCCGCCAGAUGUAAAUAUUUAUGUGUUUCACGGCUGGAUCAACGCGAACUUCAAGCGGUACUUCCCGGACCUGGAACGACUGCCGCCGGUAGUUUAUUUGGACCUCUGGCCGGUGGCGGACUCGCUUAUGAUGGUUGUGGAUCCUAUUGCUGCCGUUCAGUUCACCCAGGCCCCGAGUUUUGUCAAAGCGUGUUCGGUUCGUGAGUUCAUGGAGCCGUUGACGGACUGCAAGGAUAUGGUAGCUGCGGAAGGAGAAGAUUGGAAAAGAUGGCGAUCGAGAUUUAGCCCCGGCUUCAGCCCACGGAACCUGUCCGCCAUGCUCCCGGAGCUCCUGGAAGAGGCCCAGGUAUUCAUCAACAUAUUAAAGAAUUCUGCAGGGAAAGACGGUCAAUGGGGACCCGUCUUUAAGCUCGAAGAAAAGACCACCAACCUCACUUUUGAUAUCAUCGUCAGAGCAGCCAUAGAUCUGCGGCUGCACGAACAGUCGCACACGACAGACGGUCCACUAAAAGCAGCGCUGAAGGAUCAAAUCGGGUAUAUGGGCAUGGUCUCCAGCGCCUCCCGGGCCCUUAAUUUCGGAAAGAUGCCAUGGCACCACGCCGCCAUCCGGCGAAACAACGCAGCCAUGAGAAAAGUCCUGCUCCCGCACGUAGAGAAGAAGCUACAGGCGCAGGGCUGUAGCGGCAGCAGCAACGGCAUCAAAAGCAGCGCUAAUCAGAAGAAAAAGACGAUCCUAGACCUCGCAAUGAAGUACGUCGCCACCAACACCGACAACGCUCACAAGUCGUCGCAGUCCAAGCCCGACGCCGAGUUCAUCCAGCGCGUCAUCGCGAACCUCAAGGCCUUCAUCUUCGCGGGCCACGAUACCACCUCCGCCACCAUCUGCUUCAUGGUCAAGCUUUUGCAGGACCACCCUUCCUGUCUGGAAAAACUGCGCGCCGAGCACGACUUUGUGCUAGGGCCCGACACGGAACAAGUGACGGGGAUAUUGACCGCGUCCCCGCACGUCCUGAACGCGCUGCCCUACACGCUGGGCGUCAUCAAAGAAACCCUGCGCCUGCACCCGCUGGCCGCCACCGUGCGCGACGGCGACAGCGUGCCAGGGUACGCGCUCACGGUCCCUGGGUCGCCGAUGCGGUAUCCCACGGCAGGAUUCGGGCCCUGGCUGUCCGCGCUCCGGAUCCAGCGACACCCCGAUUACUGGCCGCGGCCAGACGAGUUCCUGCCCGAGCGGUGGCUGGCGGUUGAGGGAGAGCCGCUGUACGUUGCUGUCAAGGAAGCGUGGAUGCCGUUUUCGCUCGGCCCACGGAAUUGCGUUGGCAUUGAGCUGGCGAUGAUCGAGCUGAAGCUGGUAGCUGUGCUGAUUGCGCGCGAUUUCGAUAUUGAGGAGGCGUGGGAUGAGUGGGAUAGGAAGAUGGGCGUUAAUGCAACACCGUCGCAUAUUGUGGACGGUCAGCGACUCUAUAGCAUCGGUUCUGGUACCGUGCAUCCGAAAGAUGGGAUGCCAGUGCAUGUGAGGUUACGGACUCACAAGGAGGCUGUUUGAUAAGUCUGGAGGCGGGGAUAUAACUCCUUCCUUGUUAUUGUACAUUGUUACCUGGAAGUGUAUUUGUAUAUCAAUCUCUUCGAUACAUAUAUUAUUUGAUGUUGAAUUUUCAUUACUUAGUGCCUAUUUUGAUGUUUUCUUCCGAAACAUCUCGGUGAUCGAC